AUGUCGAACGCGGCAAGCUCAUCAGGUGAGUCGGCAGAGCCGGCGCACCCUCAUCAAACACCUGUAAUAUGCAUCAGACCAAACGGCCAGACAAGUCACACAGCCGACAGUUUUAAGUCGAAGCAAACGCCGCUCCCGAUAUUGAAUCCGAAAUCAGAGGCCCCUUGUGUGGCGAGUCCGUCGCCAUCCGCGCACAGUAGCACGGUGAAUGCCCUCGCUGCUACCACUGCCGGAUCCCAUAAUCCGCCGAGCACCCAUGGUGGGGCAGUGAACCGGAGUUCAUCCUGCGCUCUGCCUCUUAGCUCCACUCCUUCUGCGUUGGCGCCUGUGACACCACCGCCGGCAUUAUUGGACGCGCAAGGCGCUCACAGUCCUGCGACGGCACCCGCGACGCAAGCAGCUACGGCGCAGUCGCCGACAACUUGGGGCAAGGAUGCGUGUACGGCACUGCCUGCCGCAGCGCAGCUCUAUCUCGGUCCCACAGCUGUGGCGACGGUACGCAACGACCUCUCCGCGGCCGCAGCUGCGCCGCGGAAUGGCGCCUCGAACCUGGUCACCGACUAUCUCAGCACCAGCUCGUCAUCUUCAGGCUUCAGUCCGGGAAACAACUCGUCUCCACAUCACCUGCUGCCGACGGGGUUUGCGGUGCAUGUGGCUGAGGCUCCAAUGGGUGCGGAGGAGCUCACUAAAGUCGCGGCGGGCAAGCAGAGCGCCGUUAGUGAGCAGCUACUCAGUUCCGCUGCACAGCUGCAGACGUCCCCGCAUGAUAGCGACCCCCUCGCUCUCCAAGGCCCGUGCAGACCGGCUCACGGGGUGGCGGGCGCGCAAGUGCACCCCUCCUCGUCAGCACGCGACAACGAACCACAGAUACCCUCACAGAAAGACCCCACUUCUACGCUGUCGACCACGGAACAUGACGCCAGCUACACCUCCGGCUUGGCAAGCCGCAUGCGGGCGGUGGAUACAUCCACUACCGAAGGUGGCGAUGUCAUGGGCUCGUUUCACGGCACCGCGGAGGCGGGCACGGACUCGCCAAACAUGCCCAGGCUCCGCACGCGGAUGCACACUGAGCAGCAAGGGCCCGGCACAGGGGAGGGUCGCCUGAGCGACGCAAUCAGCGGCGCGGUGCUCGGCAAAGAUGUCAUGAAUGCGAACCCCUGCACUAUCGACUUUUCCGUCAGUGGUGUCGGCGGUGGCGGCAACAACGGCAACACCGUGAACGGCGCCUCGAUGACACUCGGCCGAAGCAUCAGCAGUCACUUCUCCGCCCCCAGGGGCCACGGCACGGGGUCCUCAACCCCCCCACCGCACCUCGCAGGCGACGAAGAUAAGUGCAAACUUGCCGCGGCCUGCUGUCGCAGCGACUGGGCUGCUCCGCGGCAAAGCAGCAGCGCCUCCUUCAACUGCACCUCUUCCUCCGCAGGAGCUGCAGCCGAACCCGUCAACACACCGACUCGAAUAACAACCAGCAGUACCGGCGCAGCGGCUGUCGAUAACCCGAGAGAGUCACCCUCGCUCUGGCAGCAUGACGAAAGCCUCGAGGGCACCUUUGAAGCCCUUGUCAGCACCUUACGCACAACCCCCUCCACAGCCAACGCCACUCCGGGUGACGUGGAGCCUGUGUCGCUGCAAGAGGCACAGCGAACCCCGGCGGGCCAGCAGAUGAAGCAACCGCUCCUGCAAACACUGGGGUUCAGCCUCCGCGACAGCAGCGGCGGCGGCGCUAGCACGAGUACGCAGAGCAAGCGACGGGCCGCCAAAAGUGACGCGGCCACCACUCUCUCCAUAGCGUCGAGUGGCGCUGCAGCAGCCAUGUCCGCCGGCGACGCUCAGCCUCAUUCCCCCAUGCUAGACCUCAACAACAAUACGGGUGCUCGACCCCCGCCGACAUCCACGGCCGCUCGCGAUACCUGUGAAGCGGGAGGCAAAGAGAGUAGUGGCGAGGAACUUGCGCAGACUACCGACACCGGAACCGAAGACAGAUCGCAGAUGCAGUUCAGCGGGGACUGCAGUGCGCCGGACCCGUGCAAAUCCGCGAUUCUGACGCCGUCCCCGCUUCAGCCCAUCGACGCAACAAAUCGCAACGGUUUGGAGAACCUCACCGGUCCUCCCGACGGAGACAGAGCUGCCGGCGGCGUGGGGUCGCCGACCGCUCGUCGCAGCCCCGUCGCGGACGACCACGCCAGCUUUCGCAGCAGCAACAGUGGUCUCUCGUCGUUGCUCGAAAAGUCAAGCGUGGAAGAAGGCGAGAAGAACUUCGGGCGAGCGAGUGCGGCAGCGACAGGGCACGACGCUCGGGUCGAUGCUUUGAGGGGCGCUGACCUUGUUAGCAGCCGGUGCGUCGGCAGUCUCGCUGCACGGAGUGAUGUACAGCCCUCUCCUGCUGUUGGGGUGCUGAAGGACAAAACCUUCACGGCGCACCGCCUCUCCGGCACCUCUGCUCCCGACACCCAGGCCGUGCUGCCGUCGUUCAACAUCGUUCCAGAACAAGACUCGGGGUUUCGCUCCUUCCCCCACUCACAGUCGCCGGGCUAUAGCGCGACUGGUUCAAACGACGAGAAUGGGCAGUCUGUGCACGGUGCCGCUGCAGCAACGCAUCCACCCGGCGCUGAUGCGACAGUCACUGCCGUGCGACUUCAGCCAAUACGGCGCAUGAAGUACGGCGAGGCUCCCGAUCCGCUAAUGGAGGCGUACUCCAUAGACCCCCUUCCUCGCAAGGACGCCUCCGGCAGCACGGCCGCCGCCGGCGCUGGCGGUGGUGCCGGUAGUAGAAACAGCAGCGGAAGCGGCGUCUUUUGCUCCUCGUUGCCGCUGUCCGCGCAGCGGCAGACAUACAGAGACGCGGUGACUUGGGCACCCGCCGCCAACUCCGCCACCCGUCCGCCUCUCAGCGAGUCUUAUGUGCACGAAAAAGGCGGCGCUCGUGCUGGGCUUGCCCGACGCCCUGACAACGUCACCGCCAACGGCGAUUGUGCAGGUUCCACCUCGUCUUGCACGUUUUCAGAUGGGUUGCUGGCGAACUCCACCGUGACGACCGUGGCGAGUGGCAGCUGGUCGCUUCUCGGCAGCGCAGAACAGCAGCCGCAGCGGCCCUGUCCGGUCGUGAUGGUCGGUGCGGUGGCCGAGGACGACGACAUGUGGGGCGCGCCGAUAUCAUCUGCACCGGCACCCGCAGCGCAGUCACCAGCCGAGGCAACUGUGAGGGCACCAGUGCGCCACGUCACCUUCGCCUCCCCGGCCACGACGCACUUUGUGGAGCCGCUUCCGUUGCCGUGGGUAGACAGCGACUACUUCUUGCCCAACUAUGCUUACAUGGAAUACAAGGACAGCGAGGAGGGAAGCCCGUCAGAGCAGCAGCAGCAGCAGCAGGUCGCCGAUGUGCCCAUGGUGGAUGAAGAGGAGGCGGAGGUGCUGCAAAGCGUUCUUCCCUUCCGCUUUCGGCACAGAAACGCACGCGCGCAGGCGUCAUCGCAGUUGUCUGGUGUCGCAGUGCAUCUGAGAGCCCCUGUUUGGGAGACCUGGUCACGUGGAAGCGACAGCAUGCGGAGCAAGACGAGUGCGGUGAGCACUGGCGAGGACGCACGUACGGAGUCGUGCGCGACGCACGCUCAGCAGCAGGUGGAAGCCGUCGUGCCAAUGCCCUCUCAUGGGAGUGGAGAGGAGGCGGAGGCGCGCCACGCUGCCGCGGAAAGGGCGCAAGGCGUCUUCUUUACAAAGGAGCGGUUGGCGUCACGUGCAGCGCUGAUGCGGUCUCGGCGUGCUGGUGUGCAAGCUGCAGGCAGCACCAGCGGCCCCGCGCUCCGCAUCCACCUCAAUCCCCCUUCGGUUGCUACCGCCAACACCAUUUCGCUCGCUCUGCCUGAUUUCGCUGCACCGGUCAUGUCUACCUCAGCUGCGACUUGGCACAAGAGCAAGGUGGCUCAGACGCGAUCCCCGCCCACGUCUGAUGACAACAAAGACGCUGCCAGGGGUGUCGACGACGACGGCGGCUUUGGUGGGUCGAUCCAGCAGCAAAAGCACGCGGCCCCGGCUCGACCAUUGGCCGAAACGGCGGCAUCACCCAUCGCCUCCCAGCCACUGACGAGGGAGCUGUGCGCACAGCUUCUUGCUUCCCUUGAGAGAGGAAGUGCUCCUGUGACGCAAUCGACCGCGUCAUUUGCACUUGAUACGGAGUGCGUCGUGGAUGUCCUACGCGACAUCUUCGGUGACACAGCUGCCGUGUCCGAUUCGCUGCACGGCGAACCUCUUUUACCGGCUGCGCCACCGGUGCCGAUCUCGGCGGAUGGCGCGUCGCCAGUCGAUCUCUUGGUCCCUGGUGAGUCGCUAUCCACCGUGGAGCGCAUCUUGGAGGCGUUGUCUUUCACCUCCCUCACGAGCCGCGCGUCCGGGGCCAGUCUGACCAGCAGCUGUGCAAUGGAAGCAUCGGUGUCCUCGGGCCCGCACUCGGGCGAACAGUCCUUUGCUGCCAGCGCUGGUGUCGCCGCUGCGGUGCUAAACGAUGGAUACGUUGUACCAUGGCGCAUGCACGCGACGGCAGCUGGUGUCACACAUCUUACUGGAGCGUCUGCAUCGACAGAUGGCAAGGGUCCGGUGCAGGCGGUGGACGGCACCGUCGCAGGUGUGUCAGCGGAGAUGGCGGCACUGCAAGAAGGCGAUUUCAAAGACGGCGCGGACGCGAGUGUUCAUCUGACACGACAACGGCUCUUCCCCUUGAGCGCGCACGACGCGAGCCCUCGCCGUAGAGGCACCGCAGCGUUGUCAGUGGCGUCGUUUCUGGGAACUCGACGGCUCCCAGACGCUCCCACCGCAGCGCAGUGGACCGAGAGAGACGUCCUCGUGGCGGUCCUGCAGGAACAACGCAGCAUGGCGCUAGAGUACGGCGGCGUUUCCGAGACGGAGCGUCUGGAAGAUGUGCUGAGAACGGCGUGCUCGUGA